AUGAAUUCUAGUGCCAAUAGUACUGACUCGAGUCCGGCAUUACAUGAUCUUUUUUCGCCUUUAUCAUCUCCUGCAUUGUUAGAGGAUCUCAAAUCUGUGGUGCUUAAUCAGAUCAAUUUCAAUAAACAAAUUCAGCAAGUUUUGUUGUCAUCGCAUCAAUCCGGAAAUGUUUUGGAUGUAGCUGAUAAUGUUACGGAUCCGAGUCUUUAUGUUGGCGUGAAUAGGUGCCGAAAAGUCGAUCAGAACCCUUCCCAAAGGAGAACAAUUGAGUGGAAGCCGAGAUCGAAUAAGUUCUUGAUUGCAAUUUGCACAUCUGGGCAAAUGUCGAAUCAUUUGAUUUGUUUAGAGAAGCAUAUGUUUUUCGCUGCAGUACUUAGUCGUGUUUUAGUUAUUCCGAGCUCCAAAGUUGAUUAUGAGUUCAGUCGUGUCUUAGAUAUCGGUCACAUAAAUAAAUGCUUGGGGAGCAAAGUUGUUGUUACAUUUGAAGAGUUUGCAGAGAAUAAAAAGAAACAUUUGCACAUAGAUCGAUUUAAAUGCUAUUUCUCCUCGCCACAACCUUGUUUUAUGGAUGAUGAGCACGUUAAGAAGUUGAAGGGGUUGGGGAUUUCAAUGAAUAAACUUGAGUCUGCUUGGGUUGAGGAUGUUAAGAAGCCAAGAAAGAGGACAGUUCAAGAUGUCAUGGCAAAGUUUUCUACUGAUGAUGAUGUUGUUGCAAUUGGAGAUGUAUUCUUUGCUGAUGUUGAGAAAGAGUGGGUGAUGCAGCCAGGUGGUCCUAUUGCACACAAAUGUAAGACUCUGAUUGAACCAAGUCGUCUUAUCAUGCUCACUGCCCAGCGAUUCAUCCAAACAUUCAUGGGAGGGAACUUUAUAGCACUUCAUUUUCGGCGUCAUGGGUUCUUGAAGUUUUGCAAUGCCAAAAGUCUAAGUUGCUUUUAUCCCAUUCCUCAAGCUGCUGAUUGCAUUAAUCGAGCAGUUGAAAGGGCCAAUACUCCAGUAAUUUAUCUUUCUACAGAUGCUGCAGAAAGUGAAACUGAUUUAUUGCAGUCCCUUGUUGUGCUAAAUUGGAAGAUUGUACCACUUGUGAAGAGGCCAGCUCGAAAUUCAGCUGAAAAAUGGAAUGCUCUAUUAUAUAGACACAACCUUGAUGGAGAUCCUCAGAACUUCUUGUCCAUUGAUUUUUACCCUAGUUUCAACAAGAUGCCACUCUCAACUCACUGUGUAUUCACUUUCAUUUUGAAGGUGGAAGCUAUGCUGGAUAAGACCAUCUGUGCCUUGUCUACUGUGUUCAUUGGAUCAUCCGGAUCAACUUUCACAGAAGACAUUUUGCGGCUUCGGAAGGACUGGGGAUUAGCAUCACCCUGUGAUGAGUACCUCUGUCGGGGUGAAGUGCCGAAUUUUAUUGCAGAUGACGAAUGA